CCGGAUAUUGCGUCACCGGCGUGCGUGCUUGCGUAUGCGGAAGCUGUCGUUUGUGUCUGAUAAUUUUGAGGAAUCUGUAGCGUGGGCAGACAACGGGCCGGUGCGAAGCUGCCUGUUUACCAUCAGCGCCUGCGAGGAGGAGGAGGAGGAGGAGGUGGAGAGUAGGAGGAAGGCACGCUCUGGAAUGGACGAAGCUAAAAAAGAUGGAAACAUGCCCGCGGCCGGGAGGACGCAGACGCGCGCGCCGAGCGAUGAUCUGGUGAGAUCCGUGUCUCUCCACAGCCGCAGGCCACGCGUCCUGCACGGCACGGUGCUCCCGUUCCUCCUCCUCUACCCGGGCUGCUUAUACGCGUGGUUGGGAGUUUACGGAGCCGCGGAGUCCGCUGAGGCCGGUCUGCUCGCGCUCGCCGCUCUCGGGAUCGCGCACGUCCUGACAGUGCUCUCUGGCUACUGGUCCGUGCACGCGCACUGCUGGCUCACCUGCUCCAAGGAGUCUGAUCCAGCCAAAGCCACCUUUGCAAAAGUUAUACCAACACCCAACAAUGGUUCAGCUGAAUUGGUGCCUCUUCUGAGGGAUAAGGAUGAGGAUGGAUCGGAAAUCCUGUCCUUUGAGUUCCAGAAGAUCCGUUAUGUGUACGAGAGCAAGGAGAAGAAAUGCUUUCUGCCAGUGGAGUUUCCGAUCAACUUUCCCAUGAGUCACUUCCAAAACUGGAGAGGCUAUCAGGAGGAGGAUCAGUUACGGGCUGCAGAGAAGCGCUAUGGCACCAACCGUGCAGAGAUGGUGGUGCCCGACUUCCUGGAGCUCUUCAGGGAGAGAGCCACAGCACCCUUCUUUGUCUUCCAGGUGUUUUGUGUGGGUCUGUGGUGUUUGGAUGAGUACUGGUACUACAGCAUCUUUACGCUCUUCAUGCUUGUGGCGUUUGAAGCAUCGCUGGUGCAGCAGCAGAUGAGGAACAUGUCAGAAAUCCGCAGAAUGGGAAACAAACCUUACAUGAUCCAGGUCUAUCGGAACAGAAAAUGGAGGCCUGUAUCCAGUGAUGAACUAGUUCCUGGAGACAUUGUCUCAGUUGGGACGAAGGACCUGAACAGAAACAAAUAUAAGCUGUUUCUGGAGUGCACUCUGAUCCUCACGUCAGUAGUGCCUCCUGAAUUACCCAUAGAGCUCUCACUGGCUGUUAACACAUCUCUCAUAGCCCUGGCCAAACUCUAUGUGUUUUGCACAGAACCUUUCAGAAUCCCCUUCGCUGGGAAAGUGGAGAUUUGCUGUUUCGACAAGACUGGCACCCUGACAAGUGACAGCCUGGUAGUGCGUGGUGUCGCAGGACUCGGAGAUGGGAAACAAGUGAUGCCAGUGUCAGAUAUUCCAGUGGACACUCAUCGGGUGGUGGCUACGUGUCAUUCGCUGGUCACACUAGAUGAUGGACAGCUGGUGGGAGAUCCGCUGGAGAAGGCCAUGUUGACCGCAGCGGACUGGAUGCUCACUAAAGAUGAGAAGGUGUUUCCUCGCAGUAUAAAGACUCCGGGGCUGAAGAUCCACCAGAGGUUUCAUUUCGCUAGUGCUCUGAAGAGGAUGUCAGUGCUGGCGUCAUAUGAGCGGAUGGGCUCCACUGAGUUCUGCUAUAUCUCAGCUGUUAAAGGCGCACCAGAGACCCUGAAGGACAUGUUCUCUGAGUGUCCGGCCCGCUAUGACGAGGUGCACAGAGAAAUGUCACGGGAGGGAGCCAGAGUUCUUGCACUGGGAUACAAAGAGAUGGGCCACCUGACCCAUCAGCAGGUGAGGGAGGUGAGCCGGGACAUGCUGGAGUGUGACCUGCGCUUUGCAGGGUUCAUGGUCGUGUCCUGUCCUCUCAAGACCGACAGCAAGGCAGUUAUCAGAGAGAUACAAGAGGCCUCACACCAUGUUGUAAUGAUCACAGGUGACAACCCUCUAACAGCGUGUCAUGUGGCCAGAGAGCUGCAUUUCAUGCAGAAGGAGCACACGCUUGUACUGCAGCAAAGCCCCAAUCAAGCUGAAUGGCAGUGGGUGUCCAUAGACGGCAGUGUGCGCCUCCCUCUCCCUACUUCCUCAGUCUCAGAUUUGGUCAGGCGGUACGACCUCUGUGUGACAGGAGAGGGACUGACCAGGAUGACCUAUGAACCCAGUUUACUCAACGCCCUGCUUCCUCAUGUGCAAGUCUUUGCUCGUGUCAGCCCUAAACAGAAGGAGUUUGUCAUAACUAGUCUGAAGGGACUGGGUUUCGUUACGCUGAUGUGUGGAGAUGGCACAAAUGAUGUUGGGGCACUCAAACAUGCCCACAUAGGUGUGGCGUUGUUAGCUAACGCCCCAGAGCACAUGCCUGAGAAAAAGAAGAGAAGCAAAGACAAAGAGUACUCCUCUGGAGAGCCUAGACCCCCAGUCCCGAGUUCAGGCAUCAAACUCGGCUCCCGUGCAGCCAGACAGAGAAUGAUGGCCCAGAGAGAGGAGCAGCUCGCCGCACAGAAGGAGAGGAUCAGUCAGGUGCUGCGAGAGCUAGAAGAGGAUCAGAUUCAGGUGGUUAAACUGGGCGAUGCCUCCAUUGCUGCUCCAUUCACCUCUAAACUGUCCUCCAUACAGUGCAUCUGUCACGUGAUUAAACAGGGGCGCUGCACUCUGGUGACCACCCUGCAGAUGUUUAAGAUCCUGGCGCUGAACGCUCUGGUUCUGGCCUACAGUCAGUCUGUGCUUUACCUGGAGGGGGUCAAAUUCAGCGACUUCCAGGCAACUCUUCAGGGGCUGCUGCUGGCCGGCUGCUUUCUCUUCAUCUCAAGGUCAAAGCCAUUGAAGACUCUGUCCAAAGAGCGGCCUUUACCGAACAUUUUCAACCUGUACACUGUCCUCACAGUGCUGCUGCAGUUUGCAGUCCACUUCUGCAGUCUGGUGUACCUGUACAGGGGGGCACAGAGCAGAAGUCCACCCAGGGCAGAGCAGUUUGUGGACCUGUACAAAGAGUUUGAGCCCAGUCUCAUUAACAGUACUGUAUACAUCAUGUCGAUGGCCAUGCAAAUGGCCACAUUUGCCAUUAAUUAUAAGGGCCAUCCUUUCAUGGAGUCUCUCACUGAGAAUCGGCCCUUGCUGUGGAGCAUCGGUAUAUCAGGGCUCGCCAUAGUAGGGCUGCUGACGGGAUCUUCACCUGAAUUCAAUGAGCAGUUCGCCUUAGUGGAUAUUCCAACUGAGUUUAAGUUAAUAAUAGCCCAGGUCCUAGUUUUGGAUUUUGUCGCCGCCCUGUUGGUGGACAGAGUUUUGCAAUUCCUGCUGGGCAAAGGAACUCUGAGGUUGCCUAAAUGAACUGUUAUUACCAACAGUCACCAAAGCAGCUGCUGCCCCUCGUGAUCAGACUGUGAACGGGCUUUACAGGAACACGAUACUUGACUGGUGGCAAACUCUGCAAGAUGCGAAAGGAUGGGCGUGAAACUCAAUACUGUACACACCCCAGUGUUUCCUUUUCCUCCGUGUCUCUGUCUUUGCUCUGUCUUAAUACUUUAGCUUCAUUUUCUUUCUACUGACAUCUUUAACCACCCCCUCCGCUCUGAAGGCCAAGAAAACUACAGUAUUGUGUUGAGGGUGAGAGUGUGUUUGAGGCACACGGCUGUGACGGGCGUUCUGAAGAAGUGUUUCUUUUUUUUUGUUUUGUUUGGAUUUGUUUUCAUCAUUUUGUAAAAAGACAAAUCUCAGAAAGACUUAUAAAUGACCAAAAAAA